GGGGGCAGCCAGCGGGAGGAGAAGAAGAAGAAGAAGGGAGCGGAUACACCCGGGGAGAAUGAUGUCCAGGAUCACGUCCGCGGCUGUUCCUCGCUCCCACACGUCGGCAGCAUGAUCAGCGCCGCUCCCGGAGCGCUCGCCCGCAGGAUGCCGUCGGCUGCCCGGCGGAGCGGCUGCUGGAUAGCGUGGUGCCAGGCGGUGCUGCUCGGCGCGUCGGCGCUGGUUAUCGUGGCCGAGCGGAGCGCACUGAUCUACUGUAUAGGAUUCUACCUUUGGAACGAGGAGACGCAGUGGGCCGGCCUCACACUCGGCCUCUUCCUUCCCGGGACGGCUGUGCAGCUGCUGAGUGUCAAGUGGUACUUCGACGACGGGGAUGAGAGGCGCUGCUACCUCUCCGUCAUACACAUACUGCACUUGGGCAUCUUCAAAAGGUUAUGGGACUGCAUGAGGUCUGUGCUGCGCAUGCAGGGCUCCGUGGCUGAACUUGGCGCUGCUGUCAUGCAGCAGGCAGAUGUUGCUGCCCUUUGGCUGCUGGAGGCGCUUGUCCUCACGCUGCCCCAGAGCCUGCUGCAGGCGUAUGUAGUGGUGUCUACCGAUGUGGGGAUAAUGUCGCCAGUGGCAUAUUGCUGUGGCUUAUGCGUGCUGUCUAUUUCCUGGGCCCUGGUGCUGUACAGCCGAGCCUGCUGCCUGAUUCGGCCGGGCCACUUGGCCAUGCCACCAGCAGCCCUGCUGUGCCAGCUGGUCUGGAGAGCGGGCAUGUUGGGCGCCAGGGUGACCUGCCUCAUGUUCUUUGCCAGGGUCUUCAACUGGUGGGUCUGUGGAGUAGCAGGUUUUCACUGGCUCACAGCCUCCUUCUGGCUAGUGUCGCAGCAGCCCGACAUUUGCACCGGUCACUGGUGUUGGCGUGCCUUUAACGGCGUCCUGGGCCUCAUCCACGUCUUCCUCUUCCUCAACGUCAAAGAUGGACCCUCACGCUUCCGCAUGGCCAGCUUCUACGCUUUCAUGCUCGUAGAGAAUGCCACUCUGCUGCUGGCCGCCUCCGACUUCCUGAGCGAGGCAUCGUGGGAAAGCAUGACCCUUCCCACCUCGGUGCUGUGCAGCUUUUUCCUUGGAGUCGCCUCUUUGGUUCUGUACUACCGGUUCCUCCAUCCCAAGUCCACGGAGAUCUCCCAAGGUACAAACCGGCAUCAGAUGGGCAGCACGUGCAUUGAGCAAGGGGAGUCCUCCUUCUCUCUGGGAGACAAAAGCCUGCCCGCUUCUUCGGUGCAGAAUCACGGCAGCUUCUCCCUGUCCGGCGUGGCCGGCUCCCUGCUGGAGCACCCGGGAGACUGUCAGGGCCACAGCUCCUGCCCGUGCUUCCACCACCACUGGCUCCUGAUCCGCCUGGCCCUAAAGACGGGCGAUCUCUGUAAAAUCAACAGGGCGUAUGGCGCCGGCGGACCGGCGGCCAUACUGGACAUGGGGGAGUAUAACCAGGAGUUUAAAAGCAACGAGGGCAUGACCUUCACAGCCGGAGGCAGCUGUGAGGGGCUCUCCACCUCCGAGUCCCAGGGCAAGGGCCCGGCACCGCUCUCAGACUGCAAAGACGAGUUCCAGAGCAUGAGCGAGCACACGUCGACCGAGCGACCCGAGGAAGAGGACGACAGCCUGGAGAUGGAGAGCCCCAUGGGGUCCCCGGCGUCGGAUUUCAAGCGCAGCUCCCCGGAGGGCAAGUCCGUUUUCGGAGACAGCCCGGAGCCUUAUUACUGCCCCACCGAAUCAAGUUCCACCCUAUACUUCAGCGCUGACCCGCAGUCGCCCAGCAGCGCCAGCAACCCCCGUUUGGACCGGGACGUCGGGGGUCUGGAGCAGGGCGUCCGGCUCAGCUCCAUCCCCAGCGACCCGGCCCUGCACAGAGACGUGCGUGGACUCAUGGGCCGGGUCGGACCGCGCUGCACUUCCACCCCCAAGCUGGACAGCGGGGCGUCAGACUCUCCCCCCAGCGUGCCCCAUCUCACAGGUCCGAGGAGGCAGCUCAUACUGUCCCGCAGAGACGAAGACGACACCUUCUAGCCGUCCGGUGGCGCAGUCAGGGAACUGGUUAAGACCACCCGCUGGUCCGACAUCAAUAGAGCACACCGGUUUUAUCAUCUUCUGGGUGUCGUAGGAUGAAAGCUGCCGUUCCACCUCUCUAUGUCAGUAUAUUGGUUAUUUAAAGCACUACACGCAAUAGGGAGCAAUCCUACAAUAACAUCUAUUUUUCUCAUAACAUUAACUAUUCUUACAAAUGCAUUGCUUCCAAAUGUCGGAAAGACUGAAACUAUCUAUGUUUUUUUUUUUUCAAAAGGAAGAUUUGAUGUCCUGCUGACAGGUAUCGUGUAUGAGCAGACCUCCCGCUCCACUUCCAAUAUUUAAGCUAUUUUUUGGCAGCUAAACUUCAGUCUUAACGUUUUAACUAAUUAUACUGUGCAAAAAAAAAAAAGAGAGAGAAAGAUAAACUGCUUCCACACGACUGUGAAUACUUAAUAGGGAAGUACAGUGCCUUGCAAAGGAAUAGAUGCCCCUUGAAAUGUUUUACAUUAUGUCAGGUUACAGCCACAAACUCCUGCAUUUUAGUGGAAUUGUGACGUGAUAGUAGAUUUGUAAAGUCAAAGGAAAGUUAUUGAUGGUUUUUCACCGCUAAAAAUCAGAAAAGUGUGACUUGAAUUUGCACAUCUGGAGAUUGUAUUUUUUUUCCUAUAUGUUUCCCCCCAAAAUAUAAGAUCUUGAAUCAGGUUGAAUGGAAAGCAUCUGUAAGCAUCGAUUUGAAAGCCUUGCUACAGAUUCUCAAUCAGUUAAGAUCUAGGCCUUGAUUGGAGCGUUCUAACACAUGAAUAUGCUUUGAUCUGAACCAUUUCAUUGCAGCUCAGGCUUCAAUCAUAAAAUUGUUUUCCUGCUGGACGGUGAACCUUUGCAGCUUCUAAAGGGUUUCCUUUCUCAGAUCCACCUUAUUUAGUUCCACCGAUGCUUCCAUCAAUUCUUACUGGAACAAAUCAAAGCAUCCCCACAGCAUGACGCUGGUAGUACCAUGAUGCCAGUACCAGUACAGCCGAGAGUGCAGUGAUGAUUUUAUGUCACACAAAGCAUGUUGGUCGAACUGGCAUUCUUCCAUAUAUUUGCAGUGUCGCCCACGUACCUUGAAAGCUGCAAUCGAAACUUCUAGCUUUUUCUCAACAACGGAUUACUACGGGCCACUCUACAGGACCAUAUUUGUGGAGAGCACGAGGAAUAGUGGACCUGUUAGAUUCUCCCACCUGACAGACGGAUAUCUGCAGAUUGUCCAGAGUUACCAUAACCAGUUGGUUGCUUCUCUGGUUGAUGCUCUGCUGGCCUGGCGUCUUGUCAAUUUAGGAUAACCGUCUUGAGGCGUUUGCAGCUGUGCCGUACUCGUACUUCGUCCGUAUUUCAUUGAGUCGUCUGGGCCUAUAUGCAAAUGAUGGAUUGAAGAGCGUUUUGUGAGAUGUUUUAAGUUUGGAAAAUCGUUUAUAACGUGACCCUGCUUUACACCUGUCCUCUUUUUGGUCUCCCAAGAUGCUUUGCGGUCCCUUAUGCUCUCCAACAAACCUCUGAGACCUUCACGGAAACAGCUGUUUUUAUGCUGAGAUGUAAUUCAGAUACAGAUUGAGACAGAUUGUCUCAACGGAACUAUACCUGAAUUUAUUUUUGUCUGUUUAAGAAAAAAAUGCUUUUUUACGCAAUGUAUUAAGGGUUGAUAAUAGCUAAUAAUAGUUCACUAAUUGAUUGUGCAAUUGAGCAAGUCCAGGCACUCUUUAGUAGGAAUAAGCAGCAAACUGGGGAGAACCCGUGACGACUUUCUCUGGCAAUGGCACAACGAGGUGCGAAGCCGUUGCUAAACAGCAGCUCUUCCAGAGUGUACGAGACAGGUUACGUACGUCGAGGGCAUGUCCAGGGUUUCCCAUUGGGAAAAAAACUGUUGGGGGCGGGGCUUACAGUUCAAACUAAUCUGUUCUCCUCACUCACGUUUCGAAAUUGUGCCGAAUCAGGUAUAGUUUCUUUAACUAAUUAACUGACUUCUGAAGGAUAGAUUUAGGGGUUUCAGAGUAAAAGGGGGCAAACAUAAAUGAACAACAUAAUUUAUGUUUUUAGUUGCAGCAAAGCUCAAAAACUGGGGUAGACUUUCACUUUGCAACUAUGCACUAUUUUAUGUGAUCUAUCACGUAAAUAAAACUAAAUACAUUCAAUGAAAUACAUUGGAAUUUGUGGCUGCAACAUGAAAAAAUGUGAGGAGGUUCAAGGGCUGUGAGCACUUGUUCCAAGCACUGUAUGCUUUAGUUGCAUUUAAAACCUUUUCAAAUAUGCAGCAUCUCUACCCUCUCGAACAAUGGAGGGUUUCAGUAAAACAUGCUGAAACGUUCAUAUCACUGCAGUCCUUGCAGAGCAUAUAAAUCUAACAGCGAGCGGAGCGUCUGACCUCGGAAACUAUCUCAGUGUAAGCCAUGGCUUUAUGGCUUUUUAAAAGCACAAGUAUCUUCAAUCUAUAUCCUCUGUUUUUGCUGUGAUGCUGUGAUUUUUUUAAAAAAAGUUAUUGAACUUAAAAUGUAAGACGUCACUACAUCCAUCUGAUAUAAACAUGAUGCGUUUCUCAUAUGGUGUUAAAUGGCAUUGCUUUGAGCAGAGCUAGUGUUUUAUCGAAAGAAAACUGUGAAGUUUUUAUAUCUUUUAUUUUGUUUUCGUUACAUGUUGACCAUGUAAUUGCUGUGUAACUUAUAGAACUAACAUGUUGGAAAACAACAAUAAUAUCUCAGGCACAAACUCAUCUACUGUGAGACUAAAUGAGCCACGUGCUUAUGAGAACUUUGUGGUGACUUUUUUUAUUUGCUCUUGGUUGCUAUUUGACAGACUUUUAUUUGACGCACUGUUCUGAAAGAGGAAAGCAGUGUUAACGAUGCCCAUGUGGUAUUUUGAACUAUGGUGUCUGAGGCCACUGGUGGCUUGAAAUAAGCAAUAAACAGCCUACAUGUUUGA